GAUCUUCAUGAAAGUGUGCUCCACGUAUUUGAUAACGAUUUUCCAAACUGUUCAAAGGGCAAUGUUAUAGUGGAAGGAAGCAUCUUCAAGAAGCAUCACGCAGAGGGCAAGUAGAAAGAAUGUUUUUUACACACUAGCCUUCCUCCUCCCCCGCUUCCUCCUCCCCUAGCCUUCCUCCUCCCCCGCCGGCGGCCGCUCCGGCCCCGACGUCCACUUCCUAGCCCUCGCCGGUGGCCACUCCGGCCCCGGCGUACACCUUCCCCUCGUCCUCGCCGGCGGCCUCUCUGGCCCCGUUUCUCCCUCGUCGCCAUGGCCUCUGGCUCUUGCAGCCCACCAUCGGUGUCCUCCACCUACCCGCGGGAGAGGCCUGUGGUUUCGGGGUUGGGGCACUCGGCCUCGCCCGGAUUGGCGCGCUCUUCGUCCGUCGGCACGGCGCUCACGGUGCCUGAGGUGGCGGUGCCGGAGCCGGGAUGGCGCAGGCCAGGGCCGUCCCGCAAGGCCAUGUGGAGGUGCCGCCGUGCUCUGCGACGCCAGCAGGGUGCUGGUGGCCAGACUCGGGCAGACUCGCCCACUUCAUCGGAGAGAAGACAGAUCCCGCCAGACCUCUACGGGCUCUGCUUCAGGUGCUUUCAAGAUGGUCACAGGAGGCAAGAUUGCACAAAUGAUCCCCUCUGCAUCCGCUGCGGUUAUGUCGGGCAUGUCUCCUCGCAGUGCACUCUGCCGCACAACCCUAUGUCAAAGGAGGAGCUCAGGCGAGCGGUGAUCGCCAAGGUUGCCAGGCGGGAGCCGGCACCGAGGCUGUCACCAGCUUUGGGGGAGAGACUGUUGGAGCCUAGGCAGAGCACGUCACCGGCGUGUAUCUCGCCAGUUGCGCCCAGCUUUCCCCCUGAGGUAUCCGGUGCUACCUUCUUGGAGGCGCUGUCGGAGGUUUGCAUCUUGCAGCGCUCAGUGGGCAUGGACGACCUCGAGCAUAGGCUCAAGUUGGCAGUGGUGGCGUACGUGGGAGGUUCCAGGCCGGCCACAUCCUACGCGAUGGCGGCGGAAGCGAUUUCGGCGCAGCUGGGCAUUCCGAGGCAUAAGUUCUCCGUCCACAAAUUUCAUCCGCAGGACUUUCUUGUGGUGUUUGCGGUGCAUGAGUUCAGGAGUAGGGCGCUGGUGGUGUCGUUCGUCGAGCAUCAGGGUGUCAAGAUCUUCAUCAGGCCAUGGCUUCGGCAGGCGCAGGCGACGUCCAGGCUCAUGCAUGUCCAAGUGUACCUCAUCAUCGAAGGGAUUCCCUCGCAUGCUUGGUCUCGGGACACGGCGGCGGAGCUUUUGGGUAGCUCAUGUCUCAUCGACUAUCUUGCGCCCGAAACGGAGAGCAUGGAGGACCUCUCAUUGUUCAAGCUGCGUGCUUGGUACGUCGAUCCUGAUGAGGUGCCUAUGUUUCAGCGCUUGUGGGUGCCAGAGCCGCCGGAGUUGGUAGUUGACCCCGCGGCGUGUCGUGUCAGGCAUCGGCAGCUGCUGGAGUAUCCUGCGAUCAUUCAUGUUGGCAGGCUGCGGGAUUUCAACUCGUCGGACAACUGGCGGCGAGCAGGAUCUGAUGGAGACAGCGGGCAGAGCGGGCUGCCGGACAGCUCAGAUGGAUCGUUCUCAGGCGGCGAGUGGACGGUUCAGCCGUGGUCGCGUGGAGUCUGCGAUGACCGUGGUGCUGGCCGGAGGAGACAGGGGCCGGCGACGGGUGGAGGCGCAGGUCAUGGCUCCUACAGGCAGGCAUUGGAAGGUAGGCUGGGGCCUCGGACUCGAGGAUUCCGGCCAUGACGUCGGCGGUGCCAGUGAGGCAGCCUAUCCACUGCAAUGCCACUGCGAGUCGGCCGGUGGUGCGACCAGGACCAAGAGAUUCAAACGACUCACCUACCCCGGUGGCCACGCUGGUGGGUCUGACCCCACAGGCGGCCAAUGUGGUGGUUCCAGCAGUUGGGCUGCUCACGCCGAGUCUUGGGAAGGAAAUAUGCCCUAGAGGCAAUAAUAAAGUUGUUAUUUAUAUUUCUUUAUAUCAUGAUAAAUGUUUAUUAUUCAUGCUACA